AUGGCACCAGCAAAUCCUAGAACAUUAGAUGAGCUAGUAAUUCCUGCGGAGUACAAAACAACAAUUGAUGGUAAGCCAUUUUUGUUAUAUGACAGUAACGAUGAAAAAUCAGGAAAACCACGAAUUUUAAUUUAUUCGAUAGAAGAAAAUUUAAAUUUGAUGACUAAUUGUAACAAUUGGUAUGCAGAUGGUACAUUCUCUAGUGCACCAUCUAUUUUUUACCAACUAUAUACCAUUCAUGGUAUACAAUACAGUAACGUUUUACCAUUUUUAUUCACAAAACUAGAGGCAGUUCAGUCUACUACCCUGCGUCAAAUUACUGGACUGGACUGGUAUGUCUCCAACGAUACCAUCAGAGCAUCCUUAAAGAUUCCAUCACUAAAAGAUCACUUAUCAUAA